GCAUGACCCAUUGGUCCCACAUAAAUAAUUUAGAUAAAGGUUUGGUCAUUUGACAAGGUAGCUAGCUAGCAAGAAAAGAAAUUCAAAGUCUAACAGUAUUUUUAUUAGUGAUUUCUAAAUUUGGAUACAGUCCCAAGAGUGCACCCCAGCUCACCUCGUAGAGUAUAAGUGAGAGAAUAUCAAAUUGCCGCAAAUCAAGCCAACUUGGAACCCAACUCAUCAUUUUACCCCGUAUUUCCAACACCUACUUAUUAUCAUUAUAUCACUCUUUCAAUUUUCAAUCAUAUUGUUGCAUUUCCCCAUUGCAUUUGCUCAUAACGUCCCCUACCAUUAAAUCCCAACCCCAAAAUAAUUCAAAUUUUGCCUAGCCUAAGGUUGCCUUGGUCGAUCGGAAAAUUCGAUAGGUAAAACCGUGUGUCUUGUAGUAGUCGAUAGGUAAAACACGUGUUUGUUGUAGUGUAACGGAAGUCGAAGAAAAUGAUUCAAGGGUGUUUCAGUAAUCCGGGGAGUCCGGUUUCUAGUAGAAGCAAAAAUGUACCAACAAACACUUCGUCAAAAGAGUCGCUUAUUACGUGUAUAUACCAAACUCGGUUGAUUGACUCAUCGAUUUAUCUUACACUCACCUGGUCAAGAACACCUUACUCGCAUUCCCUUACUAUCCAUGCUCCUGAGUUUUUCACGGUUACGGUUUCUCUCCAACCCUCUACUUUCUCUAUUUUCCGGACCCGGUCUGGGUCCAAAUCCAUCCAGCUUAACCAAACACAUGCUCAGCAACAUGAUGGUAAUUCUAAGGUCAAACUUUAUUAUGAUUUCACUCGUGCCGAGUUCGCUCAGCCGAACUCGGCCGAGCCAGAGUCGAGAUUUUAUCUCGCAUUGAUCUGCAAUGGGCGGGUUGAGUUUUUCCUGGGGGAUCUCCAGGACGAGUUUACCCGGCGUGGACGAGUCACCGAUCAUGACUCGGGCGAGUCGACGCUACUGUCACGGAGGGAGCACGUAUUCGGGCGUAGGAUCUACGCUACGCGUUCUGAGUUAUUGGGUUCGACUCGUUCGAUCGAGAUCGAAUGCUCUGGCGGGACGCUGAAGGUGAAGUUCGACGGAGAGGUGAAAGUGAACGUGAAAAGAUUAGCGUGGAAGUUUAGAGGGAAUGAGAGGAUGGUGAUUGAUGGAGUAGGAGUGGAGUUUUAUUGGGAUGUGUUAAACUGGGUCAAUAACAACAACAAUAAUGGAAUGGGUACGCAGAAAAAUGGGGUGUUUGUGUUUCAGGUGGGUGAAGGUGGGGUAUGGCCGGAGAUGGUGGGACCGGAGAAGAAGCUGAUGAGGAAGAAUUCACCGGCGCCGGGGACAGCGUUGUCCCCAGCCGGGUCUUGUUCAAGUGUGUUGCAGUGGGCGGAGGAGAGUAGUGAUUGUGGGAGGAGUUCUUCGGGUUCGUCUUCGACAACACGGUCGAGUGGUAGCUUUGGUGGUGGUGGCGGCGGUAAUGGUGGUUUUUCUUUGGUUUUGUAUGCAUGGAGGAGAGAUUAAUUCUUUGUUUUUUAAUAUUUUUAUUUUUGAGGGGUUAUGUUGAGGUUGGAACCCAAGUUUCUUCGGUAAAUUUUGUGGUUGAAAGUCUCGUAAGGCAGGGUGGAUUGUAAUGUACUAAUGUGUACAGUUUAUUGUUGUACUUGUUUAGGGUUUGAUGAAGUAUUUUAUUUUGAAGAAUUUGCAUUCUUCUAAUUGCUGAGCGUAAAGUUGAAAUGGUAUGUUUCUCCAUAAACUUGGAAUAAAAUUCCCCGUACAAAAGAAAGAAGAGUUUACUUAGUUUUGCUACA